CUGAUUGAUGGUUGUAGCUUGGUUUUCUUUUAUACAGCCCAAAUCUUUCCUGUGAGUGUGAAUUGAUUGACAUUGAGAGUGCUCGGAUUCCGUUCAUACAUCAACGUCGUACAGAUGGAAAUACACUUAGCUAAGAAUGUUGGAACCUCCUUUGGCAGAAAUGUCGGCAGAGAGUAAUCAAGACCGAGUAGAAGCCAGCGAUCUUCCCAGCACGCAGGUUCGCCUGUGUGUCCGCAAUGGCCUUUCUGGGGAGGAGCUGGCAUUAGAGAAAUCAGUGUGGGAUAUGCGAGCGACUACAUUGAAAGACGUUCGCGAGGCGAUAGCUAGCGCGAUCCGAGCUGCGCGAUCAGAGAGGUGCUCGAGGGCUAAUGAAACUGGCGGUCUCGAGGGUUCUAGAGCAGGAGGUGAAGACUUUCGCUGCUUUUGGGAACAAAUUGUAUUGAUGAGCGUCGACGACGAACGAAACACUGCAGAGGGUGAGGAGACGUUUCUCAUCGAUCAGCUUGAAGGCAAUAUUGCUAAACGAGAUCAGGCUGAAAACGAUCCGGAUGAUGUGGAGCAAGAUCUUCAGGUUGAAAACGACAAGAGCGUUGUGGAAAUGGAACAAAGAGGGCAAAAUCAUGACCAGCUAGAAGAUCCAGAUGAACGUACUAGAAGAGGACACGAACCGGAACCAAAUGAUGAAGGUGAGCCUGUAGCUACACUAAAUGAGGAUGAAACGCUAGAAGGUGAAGAACGUCGUGAAGGUCAAGAUGAUGAUGAACGCGGCGAAGAGCGGAAAGGCAAACAUCAUGGGCGCGGAGCUAAAGAAGGCGAAAGAGAAGGCGAACACGAACAAGGGUCGACCCAGACUCGGUUGCGGAUCGUUGUUAUCGAGUACUACUUCCGGGAAAAGUGGAAGGCUUUUGAGUCUCGAAAAGAAUUGGCUGAAGCUUUAGCCGCCUACCUACAAUUUUGGAAGGAUUGCAAUUGCAAACGGAUAGAUUCUGACUGUAUUGAUCGUUAUCGAGAUCGAUGGGAAAAGCAUAUUGGACCGGGAACAAAAUUGGCAAAGUAUGGCCCCCUUCGCAUCUGGGACUUGUCCAA